AUGGCUCGCAACAGCAACGAAAGUGGUGAUGAUAAUAUAGAUCCAGCAUCUGUUACAGCCAACGUUAGAAGUACAAUGAAGCAAGAAAUAAUUAAAGAACUGUUAAAUGGAUCUUUUCAUGACAAUAAAACAAAACUUGGUAAUGAUGCUUUGACACUCGUAGUAGAAGUGGCCAAAUGCUUAGUUACAGAAACAUGCCUACGUGCUGCAAGUCAUGCUUUACGUGAGACCUGUGAUAAAGUUGACAUAGACCAUGUUGAGAAAUGUUUGCCACAACUGAUGUUGGAUUUCCCAUAA